ACUACUCAGUGGUGUCGCGUUGCUGCGAACCAACGAACCAUGGCUUCGCUAGCGGACUCGGAGCUAUCUCCCGCGCUGCUCAAGGUGGCCACGCAUGUGUACCGCUUUCCUCUCCCGGCGACAAAGGUGAUAGCCUUCACGAAGUGCUUCGCCGAUAACCUCGGGGCGGAAGAAACUUCCAAGGCAAUCAGCUCCAUGGAGCAGGCGCGCGACGACCUAGCCCACGAGCUCGCGUCUGGGACUCCCAACUACGCGCAAGCCGUGGCCGGUGCGCUUCGCUACUGCCCUCUGAUCGCGCACGUCCUACGCUCUCUCGAAAAGGCGAACGACGUGGUGUACCUGAACGAACCUCUCUCCUUCACGUGGGCCACGGGUCUUGGAGAACGGCCCCGCCAAGACUGGAUCACCAACCAAGCGGUUGUGUGGGAUAAGUGCAUGGUUCUGGCCGCGCAAGCUCUCUCCUACGCGGACACCGUGUACAACAUGUUGGAGGACAGCCAGGGGAGCAAGUUCACUGAGGCGGGGGAGCACCUCCGAAAAGCCGCGGGGAUCUUCGAACGCCUUCACAAGGCGGAGCUCCCGCGAUGGGUCGGAGACACAUCCGAAGCGCCCCGCCUUGUGGAGGCCGAGCCCGGCAUCUGCGAGGGGCUCGUUCACUUCUGUCUUGCGGAAGCGCAGCAGAUGGCCAUCGGAAAGGCCCUGGUUGCCGGCAAGACGCCCAAGACCCUGCUCGCGCGUCUCUGCGAGGGGGUCCGGGGCCAGCUGGAGGAGGCCGUGUCGGCGAUGCGGAAGGGGGGGUCUUCCUCUGCGUACCACAAGCUCGACUCGCCGUUUCUCGUCCACAUUUCUUUCCAGCACGCAUCGGCUUGCAAGUACGUAGAGGAGAGGCGAGACGCGGUUAGCGUCGGGUUGCCGCCCUUGGCCGGACCUCUGCGAAACAUCUCCCACGACCUAAAGACCCUCCAGGGAGAGUUCAGGCAGCUGCGCGACGCCUACGCCAAGGACAACAAUUCGAUCUACUACGAGCCGGUACCGGACCUGGAUAUGCUGGACCCCUUGCCACAACCCGUGGUGAUGAUGAAACCGCUGCCUUCGGAAGAAGAGGCGCCUCCGACAGAAACCCUGUCGUUCAGAGCAACGGGCAGUGCCCCGGGCGAAGAACCCAAGGAUGCCAGCGGACUGCCGGAUGCCGACAAGACCGAUGAGGAGCUGGCUCGUGCCCUUCAUGAGAAGCUCAAUACCUGAGAGACGCUGACUACCCCUGGAUGGCAGUGCACAUUCCCGUUACCCCCGUUUACCGUUGUUCCAACCAAAAUUAGGACUUGAUCUUUAGGACGCCCGAAGGUUUUCGUCGAGGGGGAGGGGUAGAGCGUGAGGAGCAUUGGCUGCUCCGACGCCGCGAGGUUGGGGGACAUCGAGAGACGCUCUCCGUUUGCGGAGCGAUUGGUCCUUGAAAGCUUGUACGUUGGAUGGAGCGUGUACAGCUAUGUACUCGAUACAAGCAACGUUCCAACAUGUUGAAAUCUACCAGAGCUUUGUUCACUUCUGAACAGCAGCGUGAUAGCGUCAGUCAGUCAAGGUCUAUUAGUUUGACAGGCUUGGUUGGCACAAGGCUUUGAUAGUGCACCCCCUAGACCAAACAUAGCAGCAGUUGUGUUUUAUUCCACGAAGGAAGAGGAUGCAUAUUUUUAUCUGUAGUUCAAAGCGAUACCUCUUGGGAAAGCUUCACGACACGAUUCCGACACCUCCAAUCUGCUUUGGAUUGGUGGAUCACGUCAUUGAUCGCUGUUGUUUGUCAUACAGUAUUCGACACGGACCACCAUGCGUGUUGGAACCGUUGCACUCUUUCUGCUAAGGAACUACUCGAGCGGUGAAAAUUGGACCAGGGGGUGACGGGGUGUGACAUAUUCUGUCGCCUCUGGCAUACAAACAAAACUACACCCAUGCCCAUUAGGAGUUUUCGGAGGUGUUGAAGCAAUAUUGCAAUAACUUAUCUCGCCCGUGGACGCCCGUGGACGUCCAAGUACGCGUCCCCGGGCGUGGGCAGACGCGUCCGCGGACCACCGUCCAUGGACCUGUCCAUAGAAAUGUCAAAUAAUGUAUAUCAUUGCUCCCCGGUCGCCCCG